CCUGUGAGAUGGCGACUCCUCUGAAGCAUAUCGACGUAGUUCGCGGUCAAGAGUUUGAUGUCGCUCCUCGUUACACAAAUCUGGCUUACAUUGGCGAAGGAGCAUACGGCAUGGUUGUGUCUGCUGUAGACGCAAGCAAUUCCCAAGGAGUAGCUAUUAAGAAGAUAAGUCCAUUUGAGCAUCAAACUUACUGUCAGCGUACUCUACGCGAGAUCAAGAUUCUUACACGAUUUCGGCAUGAAAAUAUCAUCAAUAUCCAGGAUAUUAUUCGUACGAGCAGUAUCGACGAAAUGAAAGAUGUUUACAUUGUCCAGAGUUUGAUGGAGACAGACAUGUACAAGCUGUUAAAGACGCAACAUUUGAGUAACGACCACAUUUGCUACUUUCUCUAUCAGAUACUAAGAGCACUAAAGUACAUCCACUCAGCCAAUGUUCUCCACAGAGAUCUCAAGCCAAGCAAUCUUCUUCUAAACACAACUUGUGAUCUUAAGGUGUGUGACUUUGGUUUGGCAAGAGUUGCUGAUCCUGACCAUGAUCACACUGGCUUUCUGACUGAGUAUGUGGCCACUCGUUGGUAUAGAGCACCAGAGAUCAUGCUGAAUUCAAAGGGCUACACCAAAGCUAUUGACAUGUGGUCUGUUGGCUGUAUAUUGGCUGAAAUGCUUUCUAAUCGGCCUCUAUUUCCUGGAAAACACUAUUUGGAUCAGCUCAAUCACAUCUUAGGCAUUCAAGGAUCUCCGUCUGCUGAUGAUUUGCAAUGUAUUCUCAACGACAAGGCUAGAAGCUAUCUACAGUCCUUGCCUUACAAGCCAAAAGUUCCCUGGAACAGACUGUUUCCCAGAGCUGACAGUAAAGCUCUUGAUCUUUUGGACAAAAUGUUGACAUUUAAUCCUCAUCGAAGAAUCACUGUGGAAGAAGCUCUGGCUCACCCAUACCUUGAACAGUAUUAUGACCCAACAGAUGAGCCUGUAGCAGAAAAGCCAUUCACUUUUGAGACAGAGCUGGACGAUCUUCCUAAAGAGAAAUUGAAAGAAUUGAUAUAUGAAGAAAUUGAAAGAUUUCAUAGCUUAUCACAGUCAUCAAGAAAGGUGGCAGCGGUAUAGCUGCUGUAAACUGUAGUGUAGUCAAUGAACAAGUCUAGUCAAUGAACAAGUCUAGUCAAGUCUAGGAGUGAGAACUGCUCUGCAGUAGAUAGAAGUUAUGUGUCCGGUUGAUCCACAUGACACAGUAGAUUGAAUGCGAUCCCCAUGAUACUGUUGAUAUGAUGCACAUGAUAUGAAUAAUUGCAACAUAAGAAUUAGAAAAUGUA